AUGGCCGAAGCCGCAAUACAGAAACUGAGCCUGCCGCCCCGGCUGGUCACCUUUUUCGCUCGAUAUCCGCCUCAACUGUACUCGACCAAGUUUACCGGAGCCACACUCGCUCUCACGCGGAAAGAAGCCAAAGAAGCCGCCAUCGCCAGAGCGGCGGCCAUCAAGGCGCAGAAAACCUCGGUCCCACAGUCCACAGAGACACAGACAGGCCUAGAGUCCGAAGCGUCGUCGUCGGAAGAGCAAUCCACCAUACUAGCACCGACAUCGACACUGUCAUCUUCUUCGAUCGAAAGCAAACUUCCUCCCAACCCGUUUCUCCCACGCAAGAAUCCGGUCACGGGCCGAUGGGCGGGCGCGAGGAUCGGGCUGCGACGGCAGGCGGAGCUUGUUAAAUUGGCCAAAAAGCACGGGAUUGAGGAGCUCCUCCCCCCAAGUCGAAAGGCAACAGCAUUCAAGGAGGCACGGUUGCUGGAGAGAGGGCUGCGUGUCAAGGGGACAGGUGAGGGCCAGAAGGUCAAGGGUCACAAGUGGGAGAGACGUGUCGGCGCGAAUCUUGAUAAAAGGAGGACGGCGAUGGAGAAUAUGCCGGACUUGGUCAGAGAAUGGAAGCAGAGAGGACACGGUAGAGGUUGGAAGAAGUAUCCGAAAUAA